GUAGGCAAAUCUGCCACUGGCUAGUUGUCAACAUGGUCACCAGUGUUUGCCAUCCGCUAUCAUAGCUCUUCUCAAUGGGGUGUCAUUUAACUCCACGUAUUUAGCAAAAAGCCUUAUCGAACUAGCUAAGUAAGAGAGACGCUUUAUACACCGCGUUCUUUAGGUUCUACAAUAGCCAGCCUGUGUCAGUCAAAAUGGCAAGCCCAAGGACCAGAAGAGUUUUGAAGGAAGUGAGAACCCAGGAGGAAAACAACCUUUGCUUUGAGUGUGGGGGCUUCAAUCCUCAGUGGGUGAGUGUGACCUAUGGGAUCUGGAUUUGUCUGGAAUGUUCUGGCAAACACAGAGGCUUGGGAGUACACCUUAGCUUUGUGCGCUCUGUUACCAUGGACAAGUGGAAGGACAUUGAGCUGGAGAAGAUGAAGGCGGGAGGGAACGGAAAGUUUCGUAUGUUUCUGGAACUCCAAGAGGAUUACGAUGCCACCUGGACCAUGCAGGACAAAUAUAACAGCAGACCUGCUGCACUUUUCAGAGACAAGGUUGCAACCAUUGCAGAGGGAAAAGAGUGGUCUAUUGAAACUUCCUCUGCCAAGGACUGGACUCCGCCUCAGGCUAAGACCGGACUUUCGACGUCUCAUCGCUCAGGGGGCCCUGGCCAGAACUCGGGACACCCUUCAGACAAGGUGUUUGAGGACUGGUUGAGUGACGAUGUGAACUCUUAUCAGAGUGGUGGCGGUUAUAGUGGGAAUCAGGAGAACCGCUAUGUUGGCUUUGGGAAUACACCGACCCCAGAGAAGAAGGAGGAUGAUGUCCUGAACAACGCUCUAUCUUCCAUUUACUCGGGCUGGAGCAAUUUCACAAUCGGAGCAAGCAAAAUUGCAGCAGUCGCCAAAGAUAAUACUGCAAAACUUGCAACCUCAGCAACUCUAAAGUUAAGGGGCUAUAAGCUGCCCCCAGAGCCGGCCACAGAGUUAGGACAGACAUUAAAUGAGAAUGUUAUCAAACCUACCCACGAAAAGGUUAAAGAUGGCAAGUUGCUAGAUGAAAUGUCCGUCGGCAUUACUGGGCUGGCAUCCAAGGUUCAGGAUGCUAGUGCAAAAGGCUGGAAAGACAUGACUGACUUCUUUGCUGGAAAGCCCGAGGACGGGUCAGAAGGAGAGAGCUACCAGAACAUGGACGCCACUGAAGGUUACCAGUUCAACUCCUCAGGCCCAGAACUAGGCCAGGUCCCUGCGCAGGACUUCUGGACAUCCUUUGGCAGCGCCAGCUCCUCCAAGCCCAAGAAGUCCCCAAGCAGCGACAGUUGGACCAACGUCGACAACUCUGCCGCUGAGAAGAAGAGCUCCGACAGCUGGGACAACUGGGGCUCGAAGGCGGCAUCCAACAACAAACACAGCACUGGAGACAGCUGGGAGGUCUGGGACAACAACUGGGACAACGCUGCUGGGGGAGAGACCAAGGGCAAGAAAAGCCCCGCAGCCGCCCCCACCAAACCUGCUGAGGAAACCUGGGACAAUGCAGACUGGUAGAGGCCUCACUCACAAUCGUCCCCAGCUCUAUUUCUCUUCCUCUACCUUCACCGCCAUUCUCUCUUUCCUUCCUUCUCACAGGCACUUUUACAGUUGCACAGUUCUGUCUCUAACCUGGGUUGAGUUCAAUGCCAGUUCAGUAUGUAUUUAUCACUCAAUAAGAACUAAUUGAAAUGGAAUUGAUCUCAACGCACACUGAGUAUUCCUGAAUAUUUACACAUUUUAAAGGAAGGUUGCAGUCUAUUUAAUUUUGCCUGGAUGUAUAUACAUUUCUUUAAUUCAUUACAGGAGUUCAAUCUAAAUGUAAGCAGAGUCAUCAUCAUCUUAUGUCACAUUUAAAGUUAUCUCCAUAUUAGAAGGCAAGGUCCCAUCUUGGUUUAAUGAGUCUAUAGUCUGACAUUUUAAUACAUCAUCCUCAACUAAAGAUGGCGGCAGUCACCUACUCAACCAGAGUUUUUAGAGUGAGAGGAGCCCGGUCUGUCAGUGUUUAUCCCUUAAAAAACUGGGAUUUCAACUUUCUGAGUUUCCACACUCAAUUUAUGCAUAAUGAAAUUGACAAGGAACUGGAAUCCAAUUUAGUGUACUGUCGUGUAAAGCCAGCAUCCCUUGCACCCCAACAGUGCGGUCUGUGUGGACUAAAACUUACGUGUGUCAAUUUUUUGUGUGUCAAUUUACGACUGCAGCUAACCUUGGUAUGAUGAUGCUUAACAUUGUGCAAUGGCGUUAUAUGUAUAAAAUGUAGCUGCUGGAUUCAUGUGAUGCAAGUAUAGUAUUUUACCAAUAUUUUUUUCUUUCCAUUCUCAGCCGUAUUCAUUGAAACCUGAAGAGAAAACUCUUAUGAGUCGGUACGACUUGGUUAUUUUGAUGAGGAACAGGGGAUAAGUACAUUUUAGGUUUUAAUACAACCUAGUCUAAAAAGCAGUUGACAGUGUUAAAGUACUAUUCCACCACCCAAUCAGUGGUUGUCGAUCGCAUGACAUUAAUCGCAGCAGAUAACUAAUAUAAAUGAUAAUGUGUUAAUUUAAUGUGGUAAGCUGUACAAUUAUUGUGUGUGUGUUGAGAACUGGACACAUUUGUUUUUCGUGCAGGGACUGUAACUCUGACUUAUGGUUCAUUGCAUGUAAUACUGCCGAACCUGUGGGACCACCACAGCAACCUUCUGUGACCUCAGCAACCUUCUGUGACCUCAGUGGGAUCUAGUAUAGUCUAGUUGCGUCUAUUGUCCUCAACACACACACACCAAAAAAAAAAAGAAGCUUUCUCAUUAAGUUGAUCUUUUCAGUCUCCAUGUCUGUGUUAAGUGUUGCAUCCAAGUUUUCGUUUUCAUGUUAAAACAGACAAUGGGCAAAGAACACGUCUCAGGCCAGUCAUGUAAGAAUCUUUGAUACGAAUUUCAGUUUGAUACGGACAGUUACUUCUCAAGGAGUGAGGUUGAAUACUGCCAAUUUUGAAAGAGCUUUUCGCUGGACUUCUAAGAUGAGUCCGAUGUUUUACAUUGACAUGCAAACUUCAGCCAUGUAAUCCCUUGCCCCUGUUCGAUUUUACAUGUUUUUGUGUUCGUAUGCAGGGGAUAAAUGGGCAUUUCUAUGUCCUCUGAAUUGCUGGCUUUUCCAUAGUAAACAGUAGGAACUAGGCUAAUCUGUGAAAAAUGACUAUCUCCCCUUGUAAUGUCUCACGUUGGAACUCUCAAUUUCACCCUUGUAUCUAUGUGAGAGAGUGGCGUUGCCUAGAUUAUUUUUUUCACUCAUGAAAAAGAGAACAAGGCAAGGCUACUAUUUCUUAAUUGCACCAGAUUGUUGGCAUUUCCUUCCCCUAGCUGUUUUCCUGGUGGAACCACAGCAAUAUGGGCUGAUGUGGCGUGGCUUGCAUUGUCUUGUGUGAACGAGAAAUGCUUCUGCUAAAUGAGAAACAAAGACUGUCUGAGUUGUUUUCUACACACCAGGAUAACUUUAAUGACUAACUGCAACGCUUGUGUAGUAGUGCAUGUUUUGCGGUAUUGCACUCUCCCCACCCUCUAUUUUAAUGUUGUGUUACAAGCCUUAAAGAUCUGUCCUCAUAGUCUAUCUAUUGAUAAACCGGUGUCCAUUUGGUUUUAAGUGUGUGUUUGGGGGUGUGUUUUCCGUUAUUGAAUGGACAGCAUGUAUGAUCAAAUGAUAAAAUAUGAUCAUAAAACGAGGUGCUGCUGUUUACAGUUUGCCUCCAUAUUUCUGAUGCUUUGACUUUUUUUGUACUAUAUUAAGUUUUAUGACGAAGCACACAGCCUGGAUGGUGAACCAGCCUGAUGGUGAACGUAGCGAUUGGGAGUUGAGUUCCACAAACUUAUCUAAACAAGCAUUCCAUAUUGGUGAUUGAUUAAAGGGAAUUUCUUCCAAUGCUCUUGAAUCUCA